CUCCAUUCCGUCCAUCCCGUCCCCGGCGUCCCCUGUCUAUCGCUGUUUCGCGUUUGUCUAUUAUUUUUUCGUAAGGUUCUUUUCGAGUUUCCAGUGUGUUAUUUUGUAAUUUCAUAAUUUGUGAAAUCAAUUUUCAAUUUACGUUUUCAUUAAAUAUAAACAAUGGCGGGCAUAGCUAUAGCACGAUUGUCCGAAGAAAGGAAGGCAUGGAGAAAGGAUCAUCCUUUCGGGUUCGUGGCUAGGCCUACCAAAAACCCAGACGGAACAUUGAAUUUAUUAAAUUGGGAAUGUGCAAUUCCGGGGAAAAAGAACACCCCAUGGGAGGGAGGGUCAUACAAAUUGCGUAUGAUUUUCAAAGACGACUACCCAGCAACGCCUCCUAAAUGUAAAUUUGAACCUCCUUUGUUCCAUCCAAAUGUAUAUCCAUCAGGAACCGUAUGCUUAUCAAUUUUAGACGAAGAAAAGGAUUGGCGGGCCGCCAUUACAAUUAAACAAGUGUUAUUAGGUAUUCAAGAUUUAUUAAACGAACCAAAUAUUAAAGAUCCGGCCCAGGCCGAAGCGUACACGAUCUAUUGUCAAAAUCGUUUGGAAUAUGAGAAAAGAGUAAGGGCGCAAGCUAGGGCGAUGGCACCACAAGAAUAAAACGGAAGAACGAAGUUUGCUUGUAAAAUUCCUUAUCUGUUGAAUUAAUUUUUUAAAUUGUAUCCUAUAAGUGUAUUCAAUAUUCUUUCUUGUAAUGAAAUAUUUUAUUUAGAAUAAUUAGUGAUUUGAUACAAGAAAAAAUUUCGUAUGGUAACUUCGAUUACUUGAUUUGGAAAUGAUAAAUUGAUCUUUACAAAGGUACAUUGCAUUUUCGUUUGGUUAUUGUUUUGAAUAGUUCGUUUCAUUUUCGAUGAAAUUGUGAUCGUAAUUUCUUUAAAAAUGCUGGUGUAAAUACAUUUUUCCAAAAUCUAUGUUUUCAAAGCGAUGGAAAUAUCAGAAAACAAUGUGCGAUUAUAUUUAAUUAUUGAAUUUAUUGUAUUAUGUAAUGCCGUAUUUCGUUUUUUUGUACUUAUUGCUAAAAAAUGACUUAUUCCUGUGGAAAAAUUGAAUGUAAGUUAUUGUUAUUUGUACCUACUGAUUUCUUAUCGAAUAUAAAUGUAUCGUACCACGA